AGCCAAGCAGCAGCACACACUUAUCAUAUCAGGCCACCAUCUGAGCAGGAAACAAUGACGCUUGGGGGACCAAGGAGACGGGGAGGAAGGGAGAGAGGUUUAAAACCAACAGGAAAUGCUUUUACAUCUCAGAUGCUGCUGCCUCUAACCCAAGAGAAAUUUAAAUGAGCAGUAAGUUGAAGGGUACAUGCGUGUUUCCUUCCCCUCCUAUGCUUACUCUAAUUGACUGUAGUUCAGGCACGUUCAUGUCAUCCUGUGACUGCAGCAUCAGUUUGAAGCAAGCAUCUGUGGACGGGGGAGCCAGUGACCAAGCAUGGGAUGCUGCAAGCUGAGUGCCAGGCAGGCUGGGUCUGCGGGAACUGGCCAGGAUGAGGGGGAGCUACUGAAGCCAGGCAGGAUCAGAAUGUGGUCCAACUCAGAAGGCCAGAGCGAGGCAUCCCUCCAUCCUAAGGACCCUGCAAUCCUAGCAGAAACAGAAGAUACAGCAGUACUGUGGGGAAGAACACGGGAGGAACUAGCGAACUUGUUGAUCACGCAGCCUAUCAGUGGCUGGGAAGGGAUGAACAUCCACUCUCUUGGGGAAAUUAUUUGGUCCUCCCUGGUUUUUCUGAGAAGUUAUUGCAUGGAGGAGAUGUGUGAACGCUACGUUGUGCUGUCCUCCUCCCACUUGCUGAUUCUUUCAGUGGAUCGUACAAAGGCGGCAUUUGUUUAUGAGGGUCUCCUUCCUCUUGUUGGGAUGCAUCUGAGAAAGAUUGCAAGUGGAAUCAGCCACACAUUUGAAAUUUCUGGGUCCAUGAUAGAAUCCAGGCUCAUUUGCUGCCAGAAUUCAGCGGACUUCAACAUGUGGGUUCAACACCUCCAGCACCAAAUCAAGAUGGCAAACGCUCACCGCCCAGUCAGUCCCAACAAUAAUAUCUCUUUUCUGGUGCCGUGUGAUGAACAGUGGAAGAAAAGGGAGCUGAUGAGACAUCUGUUGUGUAACACCAUUCUGAAGUGGGAAGGAAAACCUAUUCAGCAUCUGGGAAGGAUACAGUAUUUAACCAUGGUGCAAGUGGCUAGUGGCUGCAUGGGGGACUCUGAGGAAAGACUGCUGAUCCUAUUUCCAGAAGAUCUGCUUUUCCUCUCUGUCGAUAAGGACAGAACUGCAAUCACAUACAAGGGAAAACUCCCCCUAAAUGGAAUCCAGGCAAAGGAGAAAUCCGCCAUGCUGGGGAGGUUACAGUUUGAAAUUACAGGAAGACUGACAGAACCAAUCCUUAUCACCUGUUCCACAGCAGAAGAUUAUGAAAAAUGCCUCUUCUACCUACAAAAGCCAGAGAAAAUCCUUGAUCAUCUGACUCUCCAGCCACCACCAAUCAUCCCUAAGAAAUCUCGGCAACAUCAGUAGGACAUUAGCACGCAGUGACAAGAAGAAGGUAUGUUGAAUACGAUCCCAAGAGAAAGAAAAGAAGCUGCAACAACGAGUAAGAAUAGACCAGAAAUUGGAAAUCAACCUUCUUUCAGACCGAGAGGUGAAUAAGGGUCUGCGCAAGAACUAUUCUCCACUGGCUGCUGUUUUGAAUGGGCCAUUGCAAUCAAUGUAGGAUCUUGUGAUUCUGACCUCAGCUGUACAUAUGCCUCAAGGAGAAAUCUUUCUGAAUUUUUUUACUAUACUUAUUGCCUGAUUCUUACCAGAAAAAGAAACACUAUAAAAUACUGCGUAAAUGCUACAAAUAAAACUUAGGUUUACCUGAA